AGUCUGGGAAAGUGUUCAAGACCGCGCCUUUUGCGCGUGCUUGGGCUUCCGCCAUAUGUGAAGUCCCGCGCCGCUUCCCGGUCGAGGCGCCUCACUCACGCGCCAUGGCGGAGGAGGAGCGUUGGGCCUUCAUUGCUUGCAUGUCGAAGUUCGACAAUUUCCAUGACUUGAAGGGGGCGAGCAUUGAUCGAGUGAAGAUCCGACCAGCAUUGACCAGACUGGGAUUUCAGGCCUUCAACGUGCUCUCGUUGCAGCUUCGCAUCGCAACGCAAAAGUCAAGUUUCUGUAACCGCGAAUGCAACAUCACGACGCCGGCAAAGAAACGUGAAGUUCGGCUUGCGCAACUACUAACACGAACGAAACUGUCCCCAGACCCCCCCUCACCCCGCGGGGAACCCUGUGCUAUCCCCGUCAGAUGAGGAGAGUGAUGAGGAGUAUCCUGAGUAUGUCCCGAAGAAUGCUUUGGAUGCAGCUCUCAACAAGUUCUUGAUGGAUGUGACAGCUGCAGCGGAAAGGACGCCGUGGCCGAUCGCACUCCUUUGGUUUUGCACCCAUGGCAUACAGCUGGGACUCAAUCACUAUCCACACGUGGCCGCAUCCGACUCUGACAUGAAGGAUCGGAAGUCAUUCCUGGACCUACGUGGCUUGAUACACAGGCUAAACAAUAUCCGAGCACAGCGGCCCGGUUGCUUGCGCGUGGUGAUCAUUUCAUGUCACUGCAGGAAGACUGUGGAAGACGACACAUGGAUAGCUUCCCGGGGCCCGAACUACCGCAAGAUGAGCCCAACGUUGCGGAAUGACUUUUACCACAUCUUUGCCUGUGAUCCAGGACGAUCAGCGAGGGAAUCGGAAGAAGGAGGCGCACUCACCGCAGCACUGCUCCAACUCUUGCCCUACAAGUUACCAAUCUCGGAGAUCUUCAAAGCAGCGGCCAAAAGUGUGAGUUGCCAGCGGCCGUGGGUGGAUAUGCGGCCAGGCAGGGUCCAGUCAGGUGAUCUCCCUUCGGAUUUGCCAGUGCUUUUGGGAUCUACUGACCGGCUUGGGUCAAGCGAUACAUUGGCCAAGGAAGACAACGAUGAAACGUCCAACUGCAGCAGCGAUGUUGAAUUUGUCCCCUCAGAUUUUGAGAUCUUGAGGUUCUAUUGGUUGCCCAUCAUGUCUUUGGUUGCUUUCUUCAUUCAUGCCCUGCUCCUCUUCUUGUGGAUUCUGGGCGUUGUCCAUAAACAAUAUGCCACUCGCCUUGCUAUGCCACCUGCUCUCUCAUUCUUAGCAUUGGCAAUGACGUGCCAAAAUGGCCAAGCUCAACAUUCCACGAAUGCUCGAUGCGGCUCAACUUUCAUGACGCGCUUGCGUGGAGUGUGGUGGGCGAUGGCCAAGUAUGCGUUCGGUGGUUGGGGAGCUUCCUGUUUCUGUGUACUUGGCUUCGGUGAAGUCGUCAAAGAGCAGGACUGGGUUGCUGCUGCCGUCAGCUGGGUAUUAGCGAUUGCAGCCGCUUCUGUGAACAAUCAUGGAUUUGCGGUCAUCGCCAACCUAUGUGACAGGUCCAGCGAUCAGACACGCAGACGGACAGUCUUCUUGUGGGGCCUUGUUUGUUCUUUGUCCCUAGUUCUGGCGCACAGUGGUCAUUUUGCAUUGAUGUCCGGUGAGGAGGCAUUACAUCAAAUAGAGUUUCGAUUUCAUUUUUUCAUGUUGGUCUUUCUUGCAGCAUGGUAUUUGUGUGUGGUGCAUGACUCUGAUCCUUCGCUUUCUGCUUGUGGCAGCCAGUCGAGCCAUGCGGUUUCCACGUACAUGAUGGUGCCUUUUCUUGCGAUAAGUAUCCCAUUCAUCCAAUCCAUUUCAUUUGUGGAUGCAAAGUGGUCCUCGUCUUGGCAGCUGUGGCUUUUGGUCGAAUACGUUGCAUUGUACCUUAUCGCGGUGGUUUGUGACAAGUUCAGACCAGAAGGAGUCGAAGCAACGCUGGUAGCGGAUGCUUGAAAGUUUGGAAUUCGGAACUGAUGCAGCU